AUGCUCACUACAGGUCGAGUGGAGCACCGACCAGAGGCAGUACCUAUCAGCAGUACUCCCUUGCCAGAAGACAAUAUGAAGAUCCAGGCGAGAGAAAGAGAGCGUUUAAGUGGUCACCGAUCACACGAUUUUGCUAUUAACUUAAUCCUAUUAUCUUUAUUUUUCCCCUCUUUCUCACCCCCUUCCCACUCCCCACCCGCUUUGGUGCCAGUGACGUCUUACCCGCGCAGUAUUCUUUUCCAGAUGGAUGGGGAAGCGCAUCGAUAUAAGCGCUCUGGAACUUUAAUUCGCUCACCAUUUUUCUACUGGGCUCAUGUAUAUAACGGCAAGCCACUGACUCUGAACGUGAACGGCGGCCAGGUGUUCAAAACCUCAGCUCGACACCGACCCCGCCCCGCCACCCACGCUUACACCACCAACAACAAGUUCGCCCCCGCCACCACCGUCAGCAGCAACAGCAGCGGCAGUAGCGGUGGCCACCGAUCGUCCUUGCAUCACCACCCAGGAGCGCCGCAGGUUCCAUCUCAUCAUGACCACCUGCAGAUGACCCCCUUGACUGUGCCCCUUCUGCCCCACGUCGCCCCAAGACCCAUUCUCACUCAGAGGACUCCGCCGCCUAGCAGAUCAGCUCGCGUGUAUUCCGGACGUCGCACCCCACCAGGGCGUCCUUACGCCCAAGGCAACAACCAUGGGCAUUUUGCUGCCCAGAUCCAACUUCUCAGACCCAACAACACUCCUGUCUCCGUUGAAAAGGUCGAUCUAGAUCGACGAGGUCUGACGUCUUGGCCUGUCCUCGGGGCAGGAGACGAGCCCGUUCGCCUGCUCUCCCUCCAGCACAACCUGCUCACCAGGGUCGACCCCCCGGCGCCCUCCCCCACCCUCGUUCUGCUGGACCUCUACCACAACCAUCUCCACAACCUCCAGGGACUCCACGCUUUCCAAAACCUCAGGGUGCUGAUGCUUGCCAAGAACAGAUUAUCACGACUGGAUGGUUUGGAAAACCUCAGCAAGUUAGAAGUUCUGGAUCUGCAUGGAAAUCAACUGCAUCACGUGCAAGGCCUCGCCCACCUCAAGGCAAUGUGA